GAGAGGGAGAAGUAUGAGUGCGUGUGACUAAAAAAGUUGACUGAAGUUCAGCCUCGUGAGAGAGUCUCUCAAACCGAAGAGGCUGUCGGAACUAUAAGCCAGAAAAUGUUGGACAUAUACGAGUUCAAACUUCUACUUUAACAACACCGGAACGGAAUAUUGGAUUCAGUAAUUGUUCGACGAAUUUAAGAGAAGACGUCUUCAGAUGGAGCCGCUUCGCUUUUCCGCGUUUUGCUGUGGACUGUUAUUCGUCAGCGCUGUCAGUGGUGCCACUGGUUUCUCGCCACCCUACCCAGGUUUUGGAAACACAGUAUGUAGCUACUGUCCAGCGCAGGAGUCCACGUGUUCGGGGUCCGGUACCUGCAACUUCACAUGUACAUCCUCCAUCUGUCAAUCUGCUGAGGACGUCUGUGUCUCUGUUUGGACAAAGGAUGGUGACAACGUGACCAUGGAGUCUUUCUGCCACAACCCGGCAGAGCCGGUGGAGGGUGUGAUGCUGGGGGACCAUGGCAACAGCAAGUGCGAGAUGAAGGAGAGGACAGGGACGAGGAGGCCUGGCACCCAACUCUUCAUCUGCUCCUGUUCAAGUGAAGAGUGCAACAACUAUGUCAUCUUCCCUGAUAGUGAUGAGUAUGGCAAACCCGAGGACCCCAUGGGAGUACCCGAGCCCUUCUAUCCAAGUCCUAACCCCAAGUUCACACACAUGAUAGCUGGGGACAAUGGGGCAACCAAAAUCCCAAUGGUGGGCCCCGGCGGUAGCAUCCGUAUGCUGUGUAAGUUCUGCGAUGUUCGGCCGACGGCAUGCAUCAACAACGGGACCUGCAAGAGCGAGUGUGAGAUCACCUCCAUCUGUGAGAACCUGGGAGAGGUCUGCGUCAGCGUAUGGCAAAAGAAAGGUGACAACGUGACCAUAAACACCUUCUGCCACAACCCGGCGGAGCCAGUAGGGGGCGUUAUGCUGGGGGAGCACGGCCACAGCAAGUGCGAGAUGAAGGAGAUGAAGAGGAGUAAGGAGCGGAGGAAGGAGAAGACACACAACAACGCCACGCAGGAGCACGAGCACGAGCACGAGCUCACCUACAUCUGCUCCUGUACCCAAGAGGAGUGUAACGACCACAUCAUCUUCACCCACGACAAGGAGGACAAGAUAGACAUGGAUGAGAGGGUGAUGUUUGUGACACUGGUGAGCCUGGUUCCUCUGCUGGGCUUGGCGCUGCUCGUCAUCGUCAGCUUUUACCUCUACCGCGUCGGCCUCCAACGCAAACUCUGGGAGAGCGGCAAGCUCAAAGGUCGCGACUUCAGCGACGUCCAUGCUAUGCUGACGGACGACGAGCACUCGGACAGCAGUUCCACGCACGCCAACAGCCUGAACCACAACACAGAGCCGCUCCCCAUCGAGCUGGAUGGGUUGGUGGGCAAAGGCCGCUUCGCAGAGGUCUACAAGGCCAAGCUGAAGCAGGGCACCUCCGCCACCGGAGAACCCUUCCAGACGGUCGCCAUCAAGGUCUUCUCAAGUGACGAGUACCUGUCCUGGAAGAAUGAGAAGGACAUCUUCUCGGAUGCCGACCUGCGCCAUGACAACGUGCUGCUCUUCCUGACGGCGGAGGAGAGGAAGGUGGACAAGCAGUACUGGCUCGUCACCGCGUACCACCCCCUCGGAAAUCUACAGGAAUACCUCACACGACAGGUUUUGAGUUGGGACGAUCUGAUGAGUCUGGGCAGCUCCAUGGCCGAGGGGGUGGCGCACCUCCACAGCGAGCGCACCCUGUGUGGCCGCCCCAAGGUGCCCCUGGCCCACCGGGACCUGAAGAGCUCCAACAUCCUGGUCAGGAAGGACAAGGACCUCACCUGCUGCCUGUGCGACUUCGGCCUCGCCCUGCGGCUCGACAACACGCUGUCUGUGGACGAGCUGGCCAACAGUGGACAGGUUGGAACGGCGCGGUACAUGGCGCCUGAGGUUCUAGAAUCGCGGAUCAACUUGGAGAACACCGAGUCCUUCAAGCAGACGGACGUCUACAGCAUGUCUCUAGUGCUGUGGGAGAUCACCUCACGAUGCGACGCCAUUGGAGAGGUGAAGGAGUACGAGCCUCCGUUCGGUAAGGUGAGGGAGCACCCCUGUGUGGAGAGCAUGAAGGACAGCGUGCUGAGGGACAGGGGACGCCCAGAGAUGCCCAGCACAUGGUGCAACCACCCGGGCAUUGCGUUGGUGUGCGGUACCAUUGAGGAGUGUUGGGACCACGACCCGGAGGCCCGGCUGACGGCCCAGUGUGUGGCCGAGCGUUUCAGCGAAGGCUUCAGCGAAACGGACGACAUGGACAAGCUCUUCGAGCACGUCGACUCGCAGGAGAAGAUAGCAGUAGAGGACUGCUCUGUCAGCGAUGAGAAGUAACUCAGUGGUGCGAGCGGCGCCUCCUGCUGUUCUGGAUGAUUCACUUCAUAUCACAUCACAUCACAAUAAGAGACUUCUACUGGCAAGCUCUCUGAUCCUACUCCACAUCCGUUCAGAUGACCAAUGUCCAUACAAGUGAAAUCCCUAAAGGCGUACACAAGGGAAAUGGACUGCUCUGUCAGCGAUGAGAAGUAACUCAGUGGUGCCCACUGCUGUUCCGGAUGAUUCAACUCAUAUCACAUCACAUCACAAUACCUACAAUGGAAAGCUUUCUGAUACUACUCCACACAUCCGUUCAUGUCCAUACAAAUCCCAACAGACAUACAGUACAUAAAGGAAAUGGACCAUAGACCAUAUGCUAUCCCUAUAUCCCUGCCCACUGCCGGUCUGGUUUGGUUUACCUAACCGUCCCACAUUGCAUCAUAUCACCAAAAAAAGCUCCUUGACAGUUUCUGAGCUCAUUUUCCAGGAUAAUAUCUCAGAGGACUUCUCUUUCAGUGAUGAGUAGUGAUUACCACCAGCACCUCUCAGCUCUCUACUGCACCCUGCUGGCCUGGCUGAGGAUUGUGGCUGUGCAUUCCAAAAAGUAAAGUAAACCUUACCGUCACAGGCCCUGAAGCAUAUGCAUUCUGUGCACUGAACGGGGAAAAGGACCAAUUUAGCUUUUUUUUAUCUAUACUGCGACAUCUUGAGCUAGUGCACCCUUCCCCAGACUUCAACAGUCGCUCAACCCUGCUCAACACCAAGCUCUGGUGGAAUACCAACAAAAUGGAAAUUGUUUUAAAUUCCACAGGAAAUGAUCUCUGUCUUCCAUGCUUCGUACAAAACAAACAAACACUGUGCCUUGUUCGGGGAAAAGUAGUAAUGUGUAUGGGACUGACAUUCCUGCUCGGAGACACAUUCUGCGUUUCUGCUUCAAGUAUUUUAUGGAUGUUGCUGACAAAAGACAUAGGGGAGUCGCACCAGUAACUCCAGUCCUUGUGGGUGUGUUGGUUCCAAAGCCAUAAUCCACAGAAGCAAAGAGUGGAACUCGCACACCAGCAGCCGAUGCAAUAAUUGGUUUAUUGCUUUACAUAUGUACAGGUGAUAAAAAAGCUACCCAAAAGUGCAAAACGUCUUCGCUCACCAGACCUUCCUCAGUGCAAACAGAAAAAAUCACAGAGGACUUCCUUAUAUAGAGUGUAAUAUAUGGAUGUUGCUGUCCAGAGAACAAAAAAAGAAUAUGACAUGACAUGACAUGCCUCAGUGCCUUCGUACCGUUUCAUUACUGCUUUGCACUUUAUCGGAAUCCGUACCUUUGCAUACUGCAUACCAAAUAACUACUCAAACUGAGGUGCUGUUUCCACGUAGCCUGCUAUUUUUAAAGCCUGCUAUCUUUUUCUCCUGUUUAGGUGUAAACGCAGCAUGUGGAUAAAAAUAAAUACUCCAUUGUAACAAACGUGUUUCAGCCCCCUAAAUAGGAUAUUUUUAAAGCCUGCUUUUUUACUGUAUAUCUGGAUUUUAAAAAUCUGCUACGUGGAAACGGAAGACCAAAACCAAUGUAACCAGGAGAAAACAAUAUCCACAUAUAAAAAUAUCCUGCUACGUGGAAACAAGCUCCUGAAAGUAAAGUGUACAUUUUUAACAUAGGAGACAAUGUUCACAGCUGCCGGCUGCCAAGAGUCCAUAUCCUUUAAUAUAUUAAUGUGCGUAUGUGUGUGUUUUUUAUUUUUUUAUAUGGCCGAGGUGGAUAAUCAGAAGCGUGUAAUUAUUAUCGAGCCUUAAAAAGGGGCCAGCCAGCAUUGACUGGAGAUUGCAGCGUGGCUUUCAUGCAAUAAUGAAAAGGGGUGAGGUGUGCUGUAGUCGUUCAAGCACAAAAUGAAAAUUGGACCAAAGUGGAGCUUAAGUUUGCAGAGCUUAAUGUUAAAUGCCUUACACGACGGGACAAGAAUGCAAAGUAACCAAAUUUAGCUUUUACAUGUGAUGAGGUUUCAGGUUUCAAUCAUAGAUGCGCUCAAACUCAGGGAGGUAGUUGUUGCUGUCUUUGAGUGUGUGACCAAUAAAAGUAGAAAAGACCACACUCUUUUGUUUAUUCUGUUUAUUAAAAAGUUUAAUGCACAAUAUCCAGGUUACACAGACACAUCUCGGCAGGAAGCCUUCCACAGUAUGUGAAAACACUGAGGAUGGCUUGAGGCCUAAAAUUGCAUCUGUGUAGCCUGGACAUUCACUCUAACAUUUUUGUGAGGAGAAUAAGCAAGAGAGAGAAUAAGAGAGAGUGCGGUCUCUUCUACUCUGUCUCGUUGACUUCAUCACAGCAUACAGAAAAGCAUAUUAAAAGCUGCAUACCAAAACAAGUGUUUUUCACAAGGACAUUCACUGAACAAAGGGAAAGGCCUUGGGUUGGGUUGUUGAUAUGGACACUACUGAGGAUAUGGGCUCACUUCAGAUCUGGGCUUCUAGGCCUAGGCUCACUGCAUAGGGAACUCCGCUCCUAUGUAGAAGUCAUGUAGUGAUCGAGUGGAGAAUUCAGACAUCGUCCAAGAGACUGAGUGUCCUCAAAGGACAAUGGAUAACGGACUUGACUUGCCCAUGUUUUCCAAAUGCUAUGUCUUGGACACUCAGUCCUCCAUUGACACCCUUGCAGACAAACUACUUGUGAAUGCAUUUCAUGACAUGUACAGUUUAUAAGGAAAAUAUUAAAGUUGUAUAUACA